AUGGUGACCAAGGCAGUGUCACAUUCAUUAUCAUCAUCAUGGACGUCCAUUAGCAAGUGGAUCGCGAACAUAAGCAUAAAUCAGACCCCGAUCCAGAUUGCCCGCCUCCGACAACCGAGCACGGCACGGCCAUAUCACGCGGCAGUGUGGCCCUCCUACGGCAUCACCACUCCCGUCCCUGAUCAGCCAUUCGGUUCCCCCAAAUCGCCCUUUCGAUUCGACACUGGCUACGCUUUAUGUGCCAAACGACCCUCACGACCCUUCCCUCCACCUUUUCUGUCCCCACCCUCUUCAUCCUUCUCGGAUCCUUUGACGACACACGGACUUAGCCAGGAUAAGAGAUUAUCCGUCAAGGGCGAGCUAGUCCGUGGCUUGAAUAAUGGAGACGAUGCGAUCAUCGUUGCGGAGAACUUCAUAGGCGUCGACGAUGGCGUAGGCGCCUGGGCUACGAAACCUCGUGGUCAUGCUGCACUCUGGUCUAGACUCCUAUUACAUUUCUGGGCCCUCGAGGUCGAAAAGCACGUCGACCACCGCAUGCCCACCCUCGACCCGGUUGGAUACCUGCAGUAUGCAUACGAGGAGACCCUGCAAGCAACCACGUCUCCUACCGAGUGGCUCGGCACCACGACCUCCGCCACUGCCAUACUACACUGGACCAAGGAGAAUGACGGCACGCAGAAGCCAUUGCUGUACGUUACAAACCUGGGCGAUUGUAAGAUCCUCGUAAUUCGACCGAGCGAGAACAAAGUCCUUUUCCGCACUGCGGAGCAGUGGCAUUGGUUCGAUUGUCCCAUGCAGCUUGGCACAAACAGUAUCGACACACCCCGGAAAGAUGCAGUUUUGUCUAAGAUUGCGGUGCAGGAAGACGACGUCGUCCUCGCGCUCUCGGAUGGCGUCAUGGAUAACCUCUGGGAACAUGAGGUCCUGAAAGUCGUUAUGGAUAGUAUUGGCACAUGGGAGGAAGGGCGCGUGGCUCCGAAGGAUGCUGCGCGGCACCCUCAUCUGGCUGAUGACCGCAAUGUCUAUGUCGCCCGGGAACUGCUUAAUGCUGCUCUGACGAUUGCCCAGGAUCCCUUUGCAGAGAGUCCCUUCAUGGAGAAGGCUGUGGAAGAGGGUCUGGCUAUUGAAGGAGGCAAAAUGGACGAUAUCUCCGUCGUCGUCGCAUCCUGCAAGAAAAGCGAUGGAUGA